UAUGGCGUCUACACCUUGGCAGAUAUGCACCAAGAUUGUUUCUCCGAAUCCUAUCGCGGAGAAGGUACACCAAACUGGGCUUCCACCACCGAACACCCGGACAGCUUUUAUCCCUCGGAUGUUGCUUGGCGCUGGCUUGAUGGUUUCCCGCGUCCCGUCAUAAAGGCGGCAGCUUUUAACGAGAUGAGCACGUAUCAGAUGGUCUCGCGGAUAAGUGGGGUCAGUUCUGGCAAAAGUUUACAGAAAGACCACACAAGGAUAGAGGCCUCCACAAAUCCACCUUGACCACAAUCCAGAGUCCAAAGUAAUUAUCCACGCGCUUGUCGACAUCAACGGCUGGGGGAAAGUUAAGCUAUGACUCGCGACCAUCUUGGUCCAGCUCUCGUUUGUGACGUAGAGGGAAGAACGGGAAACCAAGGUGUAUGUGUAUGCUGCUCAACAAAACGAAUUCUUGUACUCUGCUAGGUCUAACAAAGGUGAUGCAGCUGUGUUGGGAGUCGAGCUGAUCAACGAGCCCUUCGCAGGGAAUAUCUACAGCAGCCCUUUGCGUGCAGUGCCACGCUUUACAGACGGUUGGAACUUGCAACCCGCGUACGACGUGGUCCUCGCCGCACACAUCCGCGCCGUUGAUCCAGAGGCAUUGAUCUUUUUCGCGGGUGUCACGUGGGCUGACGUGCACGAUCAUGCGGCUUACAGUGGCUUUUCUCACACUCCAGAUGGUAAUCAAUUUCGCGACCGCUCUGUGCUCGCCCACCACUACUACGCACCACCGCAGGCCGCA